AUGGAGCUCACGCCCUCCCCGUCCGUGGGCAAUGCACAUGGUGCAGGACGAGUUCAGCUCCCUGCAGGAGACCAAGGCCUCGGAGCUGGAGGAGGUGGAGCAGGAGCUGCAGGAGGCGCAGGAGGAGCUGCGGGGGCUGCGGCAGGCGCCCUGCACGCCAACGAGGUGGCCACGCUGCAGGAGCAGCUGUGCCGCCUGCGAGCCGAGCUGCACCGCGCCCACGUGCUGCGCGACGACUACGAGCUGGAGCUGGCCAGCCUGCGGGCCGAGAUCCGCAUGAAGGGAGGGCCCCGCGCCGACGCCGUGGCCCCCCGGGAGGUGGCUGCGCUCCAAGAGGAGCUGCAGGCGCUGCGGGGGCAGUACCAGGACCUGCUGGAGGAGUAUCAGACCCUGCAGGAGAGCAACAAGGUCAUGGUGCACCAGCUCGAGAAGCUGGAGGCUCAGGAGUACAGGGCUGAUCCCACCCCGGGCUCCCGCCCCAGGGCCAGGACCAAAUCGGAGGAGUCCACCAAGCUGCUGGACGUGGACGGGCCCCCACGGCGGUCCCGCUCUCCCCGGCGCGCCAGCCCCCGCCCGUCCAGCAGCAUCUCCUUCAGACCCGCAGCAGAGCGGGCGGCCGACGGCACCAGGGCCCAGAGCCGGGACGGCAACGAGGCCGAGGUCACCCUGCGCUUCCAGCUGCAGAGCGAGGGGGAGAAGGUGCAUCUGGCCCAGAGCAAGUGCGACGACAUGCAGGGGGAGCUGCGUGAGCUGCAGCGGCUGGACCAGGCCAGUCGGCAGGAGCGGGAGCAGCUGAUGGAGGAGCUGCGCCUGUGCCGCGAAGAGAUCCAGCGCCUCAACGGCACCGUGCCCUGCGGCGGGCGGGUCCCGGCCGGCGGGCUGAAGCCCAUCCUCCUCUUCGCCGUGGCGGCUGCCGCCUUGUUCCUGGUCCCCUGCUUCAAGAAGGCCUGCACCUGCUCCCUGCCCGCCUAGGUGCCCGUGUCCGUGGGCACCCCCACCCUAUCCCUCCCCGCUCUCCCCUGCCCCUGCGACGACGACAGCCGGAGACCCCUGUUCCAGCCGCCACCCGGCACGGACCGGCCACUCCCCC